CCUCACUUCCGGAAGGGCGGGGCUAAAGAACAAGCGCUUCCGGGAGAAAGCCGGGGCCGGAGGGGACCAUGAGCUGGAUUCCGUUCAAGAUUGGGCAGCCCAAGAAACAGAUUGUACCCAAGACAGUGGAGAGAGACUUCGAAAGGGAAUAUGGGAAACUUCAGCAGCUGGAAGAUCAGACUAAGAAACUGCAGAAGGACAUGAAGAAGAGCACAGAUGCAGAUGUGGCCAUGUCGAAAUCAGCCGUGAAAAUCUCUUCAGACCUGUUGUCCAACCCGCUCUGCGAGCAAGACCCCAAUUUCCUGACAAUGGUAACAGCCCUGGACACUGCCAUGAAGAGAAUGGACUCUUUCAACCAAGAGAAGGUGAACCAAAUCCAAAAGACGGUGAUAGAGCCCUUGAAAAAAUUCAGCAGUGUGUUCCCCAGCCUGAACAUGGCAGUGAAGAGACGUGAGCAGACUCUGCAAGACUACAAGCGGCUGCAGUCCAAGGUGGAAAAAUACGAAGAGAAGGAGAAGACCGGCCCCAUCCUUGCCAAGCUACACCAGGCCCGUGAGGAGCUGAGGCCGGUAAAGGAGGACUUUGAAGCCAAAAACAAGCAGCUUCUGGAGGAGAUGCCCAAGUUCUACAGCAGCCGCAUCGACUACUUCGAGCCCAGCUUUGAAUCAUUGAUCCGUGCUCAGGUUGUGUACUACACUGAAAUGCACAAGAUCUUCGGAGACCUGACAGAGCAGAUUGAUGAGCCAGGCCUCACAGAUGAGCAGAGGGAGAAAGAGAAUGAAGCCAAGCUGAGUGAGCUGCGGGCCCUGUCCAUUGUGGCUGACGACUGACCUCCCCACCCAUGCUGGGGGAGCCUUCUCAAGGGCUGCUGACAACUGACAAGAACAGGGUGGAAAUCUCCUGCCUGACUCUAGGUUUUAACCUGUACACAGCUGCCUGCUGCUCUCCAGCUUUGAACUCCUUAUAAGACAAGGUACAACUUUUGAUGGGUGGUGGGGAAAGAGUAAUAGCUGCACAAGAGAAAGAGGGAAACCAUUAUCAAACUACUCUUGCUACCUCAUGCAAUGGGCCGGCCUAAAGAUGCCCCGUUUUAACUGCAAACAACAAUGUACACACGGUUUUCCUGUAGCACACAACUAUUUAUUAAAAAAAAAAAAUUAUACAAAGUCAUCUCAGUGGGAAAACAAGAGACAAAAAUAGCCACAGACAAGUGAAGAAGAGAGAUUUUUUUAAACCUUUCCCAUUAAAUACAAGUUGUUACCACAUUUGUUGUCUAAAGCACCACAAAGUGCAGAUGGCAGACCUUCAUCUUAAGACCCUUGUGUGUUUAUUGUAAAGGGGAGGCAUGGGCAGUAGCGCUCACAGCCAUCACUUACCAGCCAAUUAGCAAAGGCCUUUUUUUUUGACAACCUUGGCUGUCACUGGCACACACUAGGCUGUGAAAACACUGUCCUGUUCCCCCAUAAUGGGAAUCCAGCUCAAGUCUCCCUCAGGCAGUGAAAGGGUUCUUAGUUCCUCAGCAUCUAUGCCCCUCACUCACUGACCUUGCCAUUUAGUCUACGCUCAUGACAGGGCACAGACUCUGCUCUCUCCUGGCACGCUAUAGCUUCAGGGAUCCACAGGUGUCAGUUGCUAGAUGAUGGUUCUUCCUCCUUCUUCUCUAAGCAGUUAUUAGUCUGGAAGAGAGAAGGACGGCAGGCAUAAGCCAGCAGGCCCUGCCCAUUCGCUUCAGAAAGGCAUGCCCGCCCGCCCGCC